CAGCCCAGACGGGGAAGCGAAAGAGUCAGAAGACAGAAACCAAAAGGAGAGAAAAAAACAGAAGAGAAACUUUAUUUACUUUUUUUCCCUGUCACUCCUCCCAUUCGCCUCUCCUGUCCUCAGAGCAUUGCAGGGCAGUCAGGACCUGAGCGAAGGCGAGUGAGAGGGAUGAGCGUGACUGGAUUACUGCGCUGCUGAGGGGAACAGAGAUACCGACGACGCUGACAGUUCCUGAGCGCUGCAGACUCCAAAUCUGAUUGGAAGCUUGUGUCAGAAUGACAGCAGAAGAUUCCGCAUCUGCAGUCACCAUGAGUAACUCUAGCCCCUCCUCCAUUUCUAAGCCAGCCUCCAGUCAUCCAGUCCAGCAUGGCUCAAUCCCAGAGGGUGUGGCUGGAGCCCCUAACGAAGCCUCACUAUUGGCCCUGAUGGAGCGGACAGGCUACAGGAUGGUGCAAGAGAACGGACAGCGAAAAUAUGGCCCUCCCCCUGGCUGGCAAGGCCCGUCCCCUCCGCGGGGCUGCGAGAUCUUCGUAGGGAAGAUCCCACGCGACGUCUAUGAAGACGAGCUAGUGCCGGUGUUUGAGGGUGUCGGGUGCAUCUACGAGAUGCGCCUGAUGAUGGACUUCGACGGGAAGAACCGUGGCUACGCCUUCGUCAUGUACACACAGAAGCAUGAGGCCAAGCGAGCUGUGCGAGAACUGAACAAUUAUGAAGUGCGGCCAGGACGCCUGCUGGGCGUGUGCUCCAGUGUGGACAACUGCCGCCUGUUUAUUGGUGGCAUCCCCAAGACCAAGAAACGGGAGGAGAUCCUUGAGGAGGUCUCCAAGGUAACAGAAGGGGUGCUGGAUGUGAUUGUGUACGCAAGUGCGGCGGACAAGAUGAAGAACCGUGGCUUCGCUUUUGUGGAGUAUGAGUCCCAUCGCGCUGCAGCCAUGGCCAGGAGGAAGCUGAUGCCCGGGAGAAUUCAGCUCUGGGGUCACCAGAUUGCAGUGGACUGGGCGGAGCCGGAAAUCGAUGUGGAUGAGGACGUCAUGGAGACGGUGAAGAUCCUGUACGUACGUAACCUGAUGAUCGAGACAAGCGAGGAGACACUGCGGCAGACGUUCAGCCAGUUCAGCCCGGGCUGCGUGGAGCGUGUGAAGAAAAUCCGCGAUUAUGCCUUUGUGCACUUCACCAGCCGCGAAGAUGCCGUGGUUGCCAUGGAGCACCUGAAUGGUACCGAGAUUGAGGGCUCAUGCAUCGAGGUGACGUUGGCCAAGCCUGUGGACAAGGAGCAGUACACCCGCUAUCAGAAGGCAUCCAAAGGGGCGGUGGCUACAGCGGCAAUCCUGGCCAGCAGCGAGGGCACACAGCAGAACUACGUGUACCAGUGCGACCCCUACACACUGACCUACUACGGUUACCCCUACAACACUCUCAUUGGCCCCAACCGUGACUACUUCAUCAAAGCAGGUACUGUAAGAGGCCGUGGUCGUGCUGGGGCCGGUAACAGGGGCCCAGGGCCCCGCGGCUCAUACCUUGGUGGUUACUCAGCUGGCCGGGGCAUUUACAGCCGCUACCAUGAAGGAAAGACCAAGCAGCCGGACAAACCAUACGAGCUCAUGCCUAGUCUGGAGCUGGCAGCUGUUAACCCAGUGGGCAUUAAGCCUGCCACAAUGACCCUGCCUGCUAUAGGUGCGCAGUACCCUGCUGUAUUUUCUGCUGCACCUGCUGCUACCAAACUGGUGGAGGAAGGAAAGGUGCACCCGGUGGAGCACCUGAUCAACCCCCUGGCCCUUCAGCAUGACCCCGCUUCUGCGACCGCCACUGCUGCCGUCAUACCCACAGUCUCCACGCCGCCACCUUUUCAGGGUCGCCCCAUGACCCCACUAUACGCCGUGGCUCACGGUGUCCAGAGGAUCCCGGCAGCGGCAGCUGGCCUGUACGGUGCCGCUGGCUACGUGCCCAUCGCCACACACGCCAACACUGCUGCCCUGGCGGCGCUGCAGAAGAACGCAGCUGUGGCAGCUGCCUAUGGAGGUUACAGCAGCUAUGUCCCCCAGGCCUUCCCCACCACUACCUUCCAGAUGCCAAUUCAUGAUGUCUACCAGACCUACUGAGGCCAAUGGCUCAAUGCCAGACCUACUGACCUGAAACACCACCCGAAAACUGUAGCGCUGUGACUAACCAUGACACCUUCAAGCCCACUGCCUGCCCAAAACAUCAAAAAGUACUGAAGACCUAUUAGCGCUAUUGAUCCAAAAAACAAAACAGACUAAACCUGCAGUUACCCAGGACAUUGAUCUCAUGUUCCCAAACAACCCAGAGGUUUUAGCAACAUUUUUGAGGUUCACUAGACCUACUCACCUACUAACACAGGGCAUACCUAGGAUAUAACCCUAAAAAUAUCCUAGACUAACCUUAAGAUUGGAUUGGCCUGCCACGAACUACUGACCUAGCUCAUCAAGCACAAGAACAUUAGAUCCGAAUGACCUAGCCUACAAGUGACUAUUCACAGUGUGGCCUACUGAUAUCAGUGUGUGCGCUCAUUUGGUUCUUUCUGGUUCUUGUUCCAUUUAUAAUACCUACUCUAAGCAGUCUCAUCUCAAGUCCCUAAAAUAUAACUAUGUCAAGCACACCCCUUCAUCCCCUAAUUUAAUCAGUCAAAGCUCCAAGUUUCACUACUUCUGUGGUUCCUCACUACGUCUUUGGUUCAGCAAGGCACCCAACUUUCUCUUUUGUGAUUAAUCUGGACUAAUGUUGCAUAUGUUGAGCACUAAGUCUAGGUCUUGAAUAGUUUGUUCUCUCUGGUUUUCUUCUAGAUAUCUGAAAUAUAGAAAACCCUGUCCCUGUAAAACAAAAUAGCACGAAGGGAUUCAUGUGAAAUUCUGAGAUUCCUUUAUAAGUAUCAUUUGAUAUGGAAAAUAUCUCAGUGCUUAAAGAGGCGGAAUCAAACCUGGCCAAAUUAGUGCUAGGUUCUGUAUACUCCAGAUAAUACCAAAAAUCCCUGAAACAUUUUUGAACCUGCAGGGCCAAGAGGAGUACCCCCAUCACUCCUCCAGUGUCACUCAAAUGGCAAAAAGAAUACAGAAGGAACCUUGUUGUAUUUAUAAAACUCAAAUGCAGCAUAUUUAAUUUCUCCUUUUACUCUUUUUUUCUGGAAUAAGCAAAAAAUGCUGAAAAAAAAUCUUAAAACGCACAAAAAGAAGUAAAAAAUUCUACAGCUGCUCAGCAGAAACCUAUACAACCACUGAAGAAAGACAAUUUAAAGUAUUCUAUGACAGCAAUGUAUUUUAUUUUUAAUAUUCAAACAGGAUUCUGAAUGUUGUUUCUUGAAGACAAUAUCAUCUACUAUCUACUAGGUUGUCUGAGUUCAAGUUUGAAUAAUAAUACCUGAAUAUUAACUUUAAACAUCUUUCAUUCUUUAUGGUGUAUUUGUUGUUUAAUUCUUUUAAAGCUCACUGAAUAGUUCACUAUUGUUCAAAGGUUUUGAGAUUGUUGUUUAUUGUAUGAAUUUUUGAUGCUUGAAACUUGUAUAACUGUAAGAGACAAAAAAUGGAACACAGUAUACAUACAUAUGCACACAAUCCACAGCAGAGAUUUAUUACGCAUAUUAUCUCUCAGAAACAGUGAAAUACCUCCAUCAGAAUAGUAUUUUAAGAUGCAAGUUCUUACCACUUACAGGUGGAUUCAUGCAGAUGGAGCAUUUGUAUUGUUCAGGCUUCAGAGGAUCUGAGAAAUAACAUACACAUACCUGUUGGCCCAAAUUGACAUUUUGUAUUUGUGGAGUGGCUUUUCCAUGAUGAUGUGAAUGUACUGAUCAGACUGAAGAAAUAUAUCAUAAUGUGUGUGUGUGCAUGUUGUUUUUUGUUUGUUUGUUUUCUUUUUGUUGUUGUUGUGGGGUUUUUUUGGGGGGGGGUUAAAGCUUUUUUUAACUUUCAUAAGGUGGUAAUUAAUAGAUGUCAUUUUGUGCCACUUGGUUUCAAUUAGAUCUAGGCUACCAACUGACCAUGGCCAAUCUAUUCCUUGUCUGUGUAUUCUUUGUGUUUUAGACCAAUUAGGAAUAAUACCCCAUUUCGGUUUCCAAAUUUAGACCAUUCUGUUUAUCAAGAAAACAACUAUUUUUAAAAAGUGCCAUGGAACUGAAUUUUAUUGGCUCAUAAAAAAACACUUAUUGCCCAUUUGAUAGCAAAAUGUUUAUAUUAUGUAUUUACUUCCUUGCAUUAGCAUUUUUAAAGUUUUUUUGUGUGUAUUUUCUGAGAACAAAUAUAUGUAACAAGUAUAGUUUUUUUUUUCUUUCUUUUCUUUAUCAUAAUGCAUUCUGCAUUUGGGUGACCGUCCACAGCUUUAAUUUUUUAAUGUGUUUGACAUUUUUUGUCUUUGACACUCCAUAUGGUACAGUGUAUGGUAAAUACCUUUGAGGUUGCAGUGAGGUGCACUUAUAAUAGAAUGCAAGAAAUGUUUUACGCGUUUAAACACAAUUAAAAUAUAUGUGUGCUAUUAGUUUGUGGUGUUUGCAUGCGAGUGUGUGUCCUGAACUAAUGAACAGGCACUUUUACAUUUUCAGAGGUAUUUUAUUAAUAGUCUUGUCCCCUGGAAUAAAUGGGACCAAACUGGAACCAGGGAGGCCUGAGCUAUUUAGAGUUUUUACCUUUCAGACAUUUUCUUUGACUACUGUGAUCAUGGUUAAGGCCUCUCUACAACUGCUGUAUGUCACCACUAUGCCUCCUUUAGUGCUGCCCAUGUUAAGACUUUGUCCUGCAGGUGGCACUAUCAAGUAACUGUACCCCAGAGUGAGUGAGUAUCACUGAAGGCUAUUGUCUGGUCAAUGAAUGUGUGAGUAUAUACUUGGGAUUAUACUGCAGGGGCAUCCCCUUUUAAUUCAAUAGUGCCUUUUCUCCCCAGUGGUCAAAAACUUUCUUGUGCAACUGUUAGAUGGCCUUAUGAUAGCUUUUUAUUUUAUCUGUGUCUGUUUUCAAAGCAUUUAUAAACCAGUAGAUGAUUAUAAAAAUUCAGUGUCUAAAUUUAGACAGCUGAAUGACCACUUCAUUAUGUAUUCUUAAUGACUGUGUUAUGUCACAAUUGUACCAUCCCUGUGAAUUGCAAAGAGUAGCACUGGCAGAGGUGGCUUCAUUCCUCUGUACCUGUCCUAUCUCUCCUCUUCUUUCCAUAGACAAGGUGAAGGAUUUGUCUGCAUUACUGAUAUAUUGUGCUUUGUUAUUUUUUGUGGAAGGGGGGCAUGAGUCUUAGAUUUUUUUUUUCUUGUCAAUUUUUGUUUGGUUGGUUGGUUUUUGCUUUGGCUUAUUAUCAUUGCAGCAGAUGAUGAGUAUAACCUGUGUAGUAAGACUGAGCAACAUUUGUGUGGGAGUGGGGCACCUUAAGGCUCAGUCCACAGCCAGAGCAAAGACACUCGCAUAAGAUCAGACAGUAAUGCUAAAAAGUGCUAAAUGAAUGCAUGUGCAUACACAGAUUCAACACACCUCUCAUUACUGUUUAGCUCAUUACUCAUUAGGUUUGUAGAAUUUCUCUGUUAUCCCAAAGUGUCUGCAUACACAUGAGAAUAUGAGGAGUAUUCUGAUAGCAUGUGAGCUGGACCUUAAGAAACCCUGCAUCUCCAGUAGGGUCUUUAUUGCCUCUGUUAGAGUCUUUUAUUAUGACAAAAACAGUCAGGAUAUAUUUAAUAUAUACAUUGCAAUGUUUUGUGUAUGAAGUAAGAAGAAAUGCUAUAAUAUAUUUGAAGUGAACAUUUUUUUCUUCCUUUAUAUGCACCUUGUUUAGAGAGUUAAAUGUUUUGCCAAAGUGUUUGAUAGUGUGUGAAGAGGUAUAGAAAAUGUUUUUAUUUGUGGAUUUUUUUUGCAGAUGUACUGGAUACAGAGGCCAGUUUUAAAUGAUUGCUGACCCCAAGGGGUCACAAAUCCACUGAAAACAAUUUCCUUCCUAUCGCGAUCAUUUCAUUAACACUACAUAUGUAGGUUUUUAACUUUUUUCUUGCUACUUCAAACUAAACGAACAAGAUGUUGAUGGCUGCAGAGAUUUUAGAUCUUGCCAAAACUAUUUCUGUCCCUUUAUAGAUCUUUUUAAGAACUGUUUUCUAUCAUGCAAUAUUUGUAAAAGGCUUUUCCUGCAAUAUUCUAGGCUAUUUAUAUAGCAGUUCAGUAGAUAAAUAAAGCAUUUUCAAAAAUUG